GCUCUUCUGAGGCUGUUCAACUCCGACACUGAAGAAGAUGACUUCAGUGGUUUCAGUGCCCAGGAGGACGAUGAAUAAACUAAUCAAUAACUUUUGUUUUGUUUGAUACUGAUCAGUUCAGUUACGUUCAGUAAAACUACGUUUUCAAUUCAGUAGAUAUCCGGUAGAUAUCUGCGGCUCUUAGCCUGUUGCGGCUUAUAUAUGUACAGUUCCAUUUUUUUUUUUAAACUUAGUAGGUGCGGCUUAUAUUGAGGCACACUCUAUAGACCGGAAAUUACAGUAACGGGAAAAGUCCGGUUUCCUUCAUUUAAAGUACUCAAGAUCCUUAUCCUAGAUGGAGGACAAUCUAGAGCAACAUUUUACUGGAGAAAAUGCAACGAUUAAAUAGGCCUAAUUUAGAGCCAGAAACAACCACUUGUUGAGGAAGUCUUGUUUUUUUUUUUUGUUUUUUUUUUUUUGUGAACAAUCACCUGACAUAUGAGAAAGGUGGUAUAUAAAUGAUUGAAAACCCCCACUGAAGAACAUACACCAGACAAAUGGAGAUCUGGACACUCCUCAUUGGCGUGAGAUUAGCUGUGAGUUUACUGGAGCUGAUGUCAGUAGUUGGUUUGGAUAGGUUGAAACAAAGGAUUCAGCCUAUGUUGGCUGUGACAGGUGCUGACAGCAAUACUGAGGCUUCAUCAGUAAAAUGUACUUUGCAAGGAACUCCUCCUUUACCAGCAUUCUCCAUGGGUGGGGACUUUGUUAUCGGAGGUGUCUUCUCCAUUCACCACAAACUUUACACAGUGAUUAACAAUUACACCACCAAGCCUGACCCUCCAAAGUGCACAGGGAGCUUAAAUUCCAGAGUUCUGCGUUUUUCUCGAGCGAUGGUUUUUGCUAUUGAAGAGAUCAACAACAGCACGGAGCUUCUGCCGUACAUCAGACUUGGAUAUCAAAUCUACGACUCCUGCGUCUCCGUUUCUGUGGCCUCACAUGUCGCAUUUCAGCUAUCAAAUGGUCAGGAACCGGUGUUUCACAAGAUGUUUGAUUGUUCCCAAUCUGGCUUGGUGAUGGCUGUUGUUGGAGACUCUGGAUCCACGCCAUCCAUCAGCAUUUCACGCAUUUUUGGACCCUUUAACAUCCCUCUGGUGAGUCCUUUUGCCACAUGCGCCUGUCUGUCAAACAAGCAAGAGUAUCCAACUUUCUUCAGAACAAUUCCCAGUGACCAGUUCCAGGCUGAUGCACUGGCCAAGCUGGUGAAACACUUUGGCUGGACUUGGAUAGGUGCUGUCCGCUCUGACUCUGAUUAUGGAAAUUAUGGGAUGGCGUCUUUUCUUGCUGCAGCACAGAGAGAAGGAAUCUGUGUGGAAUACUCUGUGUCCUUCUACCGGACCGACCCACUUAAUAACAUUAAGAGAGUAGCUGGUGUUAUUCGCAGGUCAACAGCGAUGGUUAUUGUGGCGUUUACAGCGUCUGGCGAUAUGAGUGUUCUUUUAGAAGAACUGGCUCUGGAACCUCCAUCUCCUCGUCAGUGGAUAGGAAGUGAGGGCUGGAUUACUGACCAACUCUUGAUGAGCUACAGUUUCUGUGCAGGAGCCAUCGGAGUUGGAAUUCCAAAAUCUGUCAUUCCAGGGCUCAGAGAAUUCUUACUGGAUCUUUCUCUUGCUAAAGUAGCGGCCUCCUCAGUGCUCACGGAGUUCUGGGAGGAUGCAUUCAACUGCAGCAUAAGAAAAAGUGAGUGUUUUUGUGGUGAUUUGAACAAGAGAAAAUGUGAUGGAACUGAGGACAUAAAAUCACUCCAAAGUCCAUACACCGAUACGUCCCAGCUAAGAGCUACAAACAUGGUGUACAAGGCUGUUUAUGCAACAGCUCACGCUAUUCACAAUGCUGUGUGUCAGGAUACAAAUUUCACAAAUAAGUGUGACAAACAAAACAGACUGGAUUAUAAAAUGGUUUUAGGUGAACUACAAAAAGUCAACUUCUCCCGUAAUGGUUAUCCUGUAUCAUUUGAUGCUAACGGAGAUCCUGUAGCUUUUUAUGAGCUGGUCAACUGGCAGAAGAGUGAGAGUGGAGUUAAUGAACCAGUAACAGUAGGGUACUAUGACGCAUCACUGCCUAAAGGACAGGAGUUUCGUAUAAACAGAAACAUAACCUGGGUGGGUGGUGGCACACAAGUCCCAGUAUCAGUGUGCUCUCAGAGUUGUCAUCCAGGAAGUCGUAAAGUCCUGCAGAAAGGAAAACCCAUCUGCUGCUAUGAUUGUAUACCAUGUCCAGAAGGAGAAUUUAGCAACACAACAGAUUCUCCAGACUGUUUCCCGUGUCCCAGUGAAUGGUGGCCUAAUGCACAAAGAGACGCUUGUUUCCCCAAACCUGUGGAGUUUCUUUCCUAUGAUGAAGUCCUGGCAAUCAUCCUGGCUGCAUUCUCUGUUAGUGGGGCCUGUCUGGCCAUCAUAACAGCAGCUAUUUUCUUUCAUCACAGAACAACUCCAAUUGUCAGAGCCAACAACUCUGAGCUGAGCUUCCUGCUGCUCUUCUCUCUGACUCUGUGUUUCUUAUGUUCAUUAACUUUCAUCGGAGCUCCCUCUGAUUGGUCCUGCAUGCUGCGACACACAGCGUUUGGUAUCAUCUUUGUUCUCUGUAUCUCCUGUGUUCUUGGCAAAACUGUAGUGGUUUUAAUGGCCUUUAAAGCUACACUUCCAGGUAGUAAUGUUAUGAAAUGGUUCGGGCCUCCACAGCAAAGAAUGACUGUUGUGUUUUUCACAUUUAUUCAAAUCAUAAUAUGUACUGUGUGGCUGUUACUCAGCCCUCCAUUCCCAGUGAAGAAUCUGAGCACAUACAAGGAGAAGAUCAUCCUGGAAUGUGCAUUAGGUUCUGCUGUUGGGUUCUGGGCUGUGCUCGGGUACAUUGGCCUGCUGGCUGUUUUCUGCUUUGUGUUAGCUGUUCUAGCUCGGAAACUACCUGAUAAUUUUAAUGAAGCCAAGCUGAUAACCUUCAGCAUGCUGAUAUUCUGUGCAGUGUGGCUCACCUUCAUCCCAGCAUAUGUCAGCUCUCCUGGAAAAUUUACUGUAGCUGUGGAGAUAUUUGCUAUUCUGGCCUCCAGUUUUGGACUGAUUCUGUGUAUAUUUGCUCCAAAGUGUUUCAUCAUCUUAUUUCAGCCUGAGAAGAAUUCCAGGAAAUAUGUAAUGAGUUCAUCUGGCUUUGUGGUUGUUCACUACGGCGGUAGCUCUGGGAAAGAAGCUUUUCUUGAAUCUCUUUGCAAGUUGGCAGUGAGUUUGUUGAAGCUGAUGUCAUUUGUCUGUGGUGGUUCUCUAGGUGGUCUAACAAAAACGAUUGAGCGUACAGAGGCUCAGGCGGGCAGUGAUGUCAGUUUUGAGGCUUCACCGAUGAAAUGUAUUCUACAAGGAACUCCUCGUUUACCUGCAUUGUCAAUGAAUGGAGACUUUGUUAUUGGCGGGGCUUUCUCCUUACACUACACGAUGGAUGCAGUGAUUCAUAACUACACCACCAAGCCUGAGCCUCCAAGAUGCACUGGGAGGUUUAAUGCCCGGGGUCUGCGCUUUGUUCGUGCAAUGAUCUUUGCUAUUGAGGAAAUAAACAACAGUACAGAGUUCCUGCCGGGCCUCAGAGUAGGAUAUCAGAUCUACGACUCGUGUGUCUCAUCACCUGUGUCCACGCAGAUUGGCUUUCAAAUAACAAAUGGUCUAGACUCUUUAUUUUACAAAGACAAGACGUGCUCUCAGACUGGUAUGGUGAUUGCUGUUGUUGGGGAUGAUGGCUCCACACCAUCCAUCAGUCUGUCGCGUAUCACUGGAUCCUUCAAUAUCCCUAUUGUCAGUCAUGAUGCCACCUGUGCCUGCCUAUCAGAUAAGCAGCAGUACCCAACGUUUUUCAGAACAAUUCCCAGUGACCAGUUCCAGGCUGACGCACUGGCCAAGCUUGUGAAACACUUUGGCUGGACGUGGAUAGGUGCUGUUCGUUCUGACUCAGACUAUGGAAAUAAUGGGAUGGCGUCUUUUCUUGCAGCAGCAAAGAGAGAGGGGAUAUGUGUGGAGUACUCUGUAUCCUUCUAUCGAACAGACCCUCGUAGCAAGAUCCAGAGGAUAGCUGAUGUCAUCCGCAGGUCAACAGCCAUUGUUGUUGUGGCAUUUACAGCAUCUGGAGAUAUGAGUGUAUUGUUAGAGGAGCUGGCUCGGGACCCUCCACCACCUCGCCAGUGGAUGGGAAGUGAGGGCUGGAUAACUGACCCAAACUAUUUGAGAUACACUUUUUGUGCAGGAGCCAUAGGAGUUGCAAUCCAACAGUCUGUCAUCCCAGGUCUAAGAGAAUUCCUUCUGGAUCUUUCUUACACUGGGAUAGUUGCCUCUCCGUGUCUUACUGAAUUUUGGGAGGAUGCAUUCAACUGCACACUGACAAAAGGUGAGUUUUACUUCACUUUGCAUUGACUAUAAAUGUCAGUGUGUGAAGGAACUGAAAACAUAAAAACACUGAAAAGCCCAUACACAGAAACAUCUCAGCUAAGAAUCACUAACAUGGUGUACAAGGCUGUUUAUGCAAUAGCUCAUGCUAUUCACAGUGCAGUGUGUCAGGAAACAAAUCUCAUCACUCAGUGUGACAAAAACAUCAACUUGGAAUCCAAACAGGUUUUGACCCAAUUAAAGAAAGUCAACUUCACCCGCAACAGUUAUCCUGUAUCAUUUGAUGCAAACGGAGAUCCUGCAGCUUUUUAUGAGCUGGUCAACUGGCAGAAGAGUGAGAGUGGAGUUAUUGAUCUGGUAACAGUAGGGUACUAUGAUGCAUCACUGCCUAAAGGACAGGAGUUUUACAUUAAAAGGAACAUAACCUGGGUGGAUGGUAACACAAAGGUCCCAGUAUCAGUGUGCUCUGAAAGUUGUCGUCCAGGAACUCGUAAAGUCCUGCAGAAAGGAAAACCCAUCUGCUGCUAUGAUUGUAUACCAUGUCCUGAAGGAGAGAUUAGUAACACAACAGAUUCUCCAGACUGUUUCCCGUGUCCCAGUGAAUUGUGGCCUAAUGCACAAAGAGACGCUUGUUUCCCCAAACCUGUGGAGUUUCUUUCCUAUGAUGAAGUCCUGGCAAUCAUCCUGGCUGCAUUCUCUGUUAGUGGGGCCUGUCUGGCCAUCAUAACAGCAGCUAUUUUCUUUCAUCACAGAACAACUCCAAUUGUCAGAGCCAACAACUCUGAGCUGAGCUUCCUGCUGCUCUUCUCUCUGACUCUGUGUUUCUUAUGUUCAUUAACUUUCAUCGGAGCUCCCUCUGAUUGGUCCUGCAUGCUGCGACACACAGCGUUUGGCAUCAUCUUUGUUCUCUGUAUCUCCUGUGUUCUUGGCAAAACUGUAGUGGUUUUAAUGGCCUUUAAAGCUACACUUCCAGGUAGUAAUGUCAUGAAAUGGUUUGGGCCUCCACAACAAAGAAUGACUGUUGUGUUUUUCACAUUUAUUCAAAUCAUAAUCUGUACGGUGUGGUUGUUACUCAGCCCUCCAUUCCCAAUGAAGAAUCUGAGCACAUACAAGGAGAAGAUCAUCCUGGAAUGUGCAUUAGGUUCUGCUGUUGGGUUCUGGGCUGUGCUCGGGUACAUUGGCCUGCUGGCUGUUUUCUGCUUUGUGUUAGCUGUUCUAGCUCGGAAACUACCUGAUAAUUUUAAUGAAGCCAAGCUGAUAACCUUCAGCAUGCUGAUAUUCUGUGCAGUGUGGCUCACCUUCAUCCCAGCAUAUGUCAGCUCUCCUGGAAAAUUUACUGUAGCUGUGGAGAUAUUUGCUAUUCUGGCCUCCAGUUUUGGACUGAUUCUGUGUAUAUUUGCUCCAAAGUGUUUCAUCAUCUUAUUUCAGUCAGAUAAAAACUCUAAGAAAUAUUUAAUGAACAAAACUUGAUUAUGAUCCAUUGCUGUGGUGCACUUUCUGCCACCAAAUAGAAGAUCUUUGUAAUGGUGUAAUGUGGGCAGAUUUUGAAGUCAAUAAAUAAGAGUUCAAGCUUCUCUAUUCUCUCUUUUUCUCUCUCUCUCAUGUGGUUGUUGUAGAAAACUUUAUGGCCUCUAUGAAUGUAGUAUACCCGAGAAAAAUAACCCUGAGGGGUUAGUAGAACCGUGAAAGGCACUAUAUCAGAUACAGGCCAUGCACAACUGGUUACAAAGGAUCAAGCAGUUUAUGGAAAUUAUUAAUGCCACUUGGCAAGGAAAAUGUGCGUUCUUUUGUUCCGUUACUUUAAAUGGAGUUGUUCUUUUUAGAAUCAGAAUCAGAAGGGUUUUAUUCCCAUAUGUGUAAGAAUCACAACAUCAGGAAAUUGCUGCAGAACUUGGUGCAACAAAGGAAGAUAAAAAUAAGAGGUAAGAAAAUAUAGGAAGUAAGAAUAUAAUCAUGAUAAAAUAAUAAUAUAAAGUGGCGAUAAUUAGAGAAACAGAAGCUAUAUACUAGAUAGUGGAGGUACUAAUCAGAGUGGAUCAGUUCAGGUCCGAACACAACACAGGGUCAGGUGACUGGGAACAAGCGACUGGAGUGGGCAGCCCUAGGAUUGCCAUUCAUGAGUCCGACCACAGAAUGGAAAAAAAAAAAGAAUUCAAAAAACUGUUCUUGUGGGGAGAGGUUCUGGUCCGAAUGGAUCUGAGCCUCCUGCAAGAUGGGAGUGAGUCAAAAAGACCGUGUCCAGGGUGACACGGGUCAGCUGUGAUCCAAACUGCAUGCCUCAAUGUCCUGGAGGUGCACAAGUCCUAUAUUGAGGGUAGUUUGCAGCCAAUGACUUUCUCAGCAAAGUGUACAACCUGUUGCUGCCUCUUCUUGUCCCUGGCGGUAGCUCCAGUGUACCACACUGUAAUUGAAGAGGUGAGGAUGGACUCGAUGAUUGUGGUGUAGAACUGCCUCAUCCACUAUGCUGAUAGGUUGAAUUUCUUCAGCUGCCUCAGGAAGUACAUCCUCUACUGGGCCUUUUUUAUGAUGGAGGUGAUGGUGGGCUCCCACUUGAGGUCUUGGGUGAUGGUGGUGCCCAGGAAGUGACAUGAGUCCACCAUCAUGAUGGGAGUGUCAGAUAGGGUUACAGGGAGCAGGGGGGCUGUGUGCUUCUUAAAGUCCACAACAACUUCCGCUGUCUUUUGGGUGUUUAGUACCAGGUUUUUGUGGCUACACCAGGACACCAGCUGUUCCACCUCCAUUCUGUAGGCAGACGACGGUGGUGUGUCUACAGACUUGAUAAGCUUGACAGUGGGUGCUGUCGUUGGUGUACAGGAAGAAGAGCAGAGAGGUGAGAACACAGUCCUGAGGGGAACCGGUGCUGAUGGUCUGACUCAGGUAAAUUUGUCCUAAAGUUCAAGUGAUACAGCCAGCUGUUUCUUCUCUGAUAUCAUUGAGCUGCAAGCCACUCACACCAGUGCUGUUCAGUCAUCAAACACGUGAGUGCGUAAUUCAUU